UUGUCUGCAAAGGUGCUGGACUGGAGUUUGCCUCUUUGUAUUGGGUUCAGAGGCAAAGUCCUGAGUUUGGAAUUUGCCUGUUGCCAGUCGGUCCAAGUGUCUAUAAAGUUCCUGGCUUGGAAUUUGCCUGUUGCCAGUCGCUCCAAGUGUCUAUAAAGUUCCUGGUUUGGAAUUUGCCUGCCUGUACUGACUGCUAUUCCCCAAAGGCUGGUUGAACUUUGCGAUUCGCUCCGAGAUCCGCGUCAUUGGAGGGAUCGCCCGGGAGAGGAAAGAUGGCAACUGCGGAGCACAGCCUGAAGAGAGUAGUCUGGCAGAAGAUCAAGAAACUUGUGAUAGAUGACUGUAAGAAAGAAGGAGAAUGGAAGAUACUUAUUUUGGACCAUUAUACCACAAAACUUCUUUCCUCUUGCUGCAAGAUGUCUAAUCUUAUGGCUGAAGGGAUCAGUGUUGUUGAAGACCUACACAAGAACCGUGAGCCAGUUCCAAACUUGAAGGCAAUCUACUUCAUUACUCCAACAGAAAAGUCAGUCAGUGCACUGAUAAAUGACUUCAAAAAGAAGUAUUCCUACAUGUAUAAGGCGGCCUACGUUUACUUCACUGAUUAUUGCCCUGAUAACCUUUUCAGUCAAUUAAAGACCACAUGCUCAAAAGCCAUCAAACGUUGCAAGGAAGUUAAUGUUUCCUUCCUUUCAUAUGAAUCUAAGGUGUUCACCUUUGACAUUCCUGAUGCAUUUCACUCUAUUUAUAGUCCAGCAUCAACAGAUAAAAUUGCCACAUUGGAGAUAGUGGCUGAAAAAAUUGUGACACUAUGUGCAACUUUGGAUGAAAAUCCUGGAGUGCGAUACAGACAUGAGCGCGGAAAUGAUUACAGGGAGACUGAAAAUAAUGCAGAGUGUCUUGCAAACAUGGUCGAGGAAAAGUUAGCAGAACAUUACAAAAUAGAUGAACAACGCAUUAUAAAGGGAAAAACCCAGUCACAGCUUUUAAUAAUUGACCGUGGCUUUGAUCCAGUGUCGACAAUAUUGCAUGAGCUAACCUUUCAGGCCAUGGCACAUGACCUAGUUUCAAUUGAAAAUGAUAUUUAUAGGUAUCAAACAAAGGAUGACCCCUCAUCCAAAGAAGCCCUUUUGAAUGAGGAUGACGAACUGUGGGUAAAAUUGCGGCAUUUGCAUAUUGCAGAAGUUGUCGAAAAAAUACCCAAGUUGGUAAAGGAGCUUUCUAAAAGCCAGCAGACAACAGAAAGAAAGCAUACUGUAAGCUCUUUAUCUCAAUUGAUGAAAAAGCUGCCUAACUACCGAAAGCAAAAGACCAAGACAGUUCACCUGAGUUUAGCCGAAGACUGUAUGAAGCUUUUCCAUGGGACAGUAGAUAAACUAUGCAAGGCUGAACAGGACCUAGCCAUUGGAAUUGAUGCACAAAGGCAAAAAAUUAAGGACCCCAUGAGAAUCAUUCUGCCUAUUAUGCUGGAUAAGUCUAUUGAAAGUUUUGACAAAUUAAGGAUCAUCUUACUUUAUAUCUUCUACGUAAAUGGCACCACAGAAGAGAACCUUAGCAAACUUAUCCAGCAUGGCAAGGUUAUAGAUGACCGUGACAUCAUUGAAAAUUGGAAAUAUCUUGAUGUUCCCAUCCUCUCUUCGAAUGCCCCGCACCGUAAACCUUCUCGAAAAGAUCGCAGUGAUGAAGAGAGCUAUCAGCUUUCCAGGUGGACUCCAUUCGUUAAAGAUAUCAUGGAGGAUUUCAUUGCAAACAAGCUUGAUUCCCAGGAAUGGCCUCAUUGUUCAGGCUGUAGUGCUGCUUGGAACGGCUCAGGAGCUGUAAGUGCCCGUCAGGGGAACAAAAGCAAUCUUCAAGAUGACCGAAGAGGUGUAAAACUAAUUGUAUUCAUAAUAGGAGGUGUAACUUACUCAGAGAUACGCUGUGCAUAUGAAGUUUCUCAGGCCAGUAAGUCUUGUGAAGUGAUUGUUGGGUCAACUCAUAUUCUUACCCCCAGAAGACUACUAGAUGAUCUGAAGAAACUGAGCAAAUGAAAGUGCCACAUUUGAAUUAAAACCAGCCAGUUGUAUGGAUUUCAGUUAAUAUGAAAGACAAAGAUUUAACAUAAGAAUCUGUGCGAUUAGUCACCUUUGCUUAAAAUAUUUUGAUAAAUGGAAUAUGUGAAUUAUUGACCAGAGCACAGUUCCUAACAUGUAAUUAAAAUACUGUAAAUUAAGGCUCCCGCAGAGUCAAUAUCAACAAAGUAUUUCUCACUUUAGACCUACUGCCUAAAACAUCAUGGGUUGUACACAAAAGGAUGCCAUACCCUAAUUCGUAACUCUGAUAUCACUAGUAAUGCAUGUGUUUUUUUUAAAGUGAUAAGUAUAUGGCAGUAUUUUCAGAGAUUUAUGUUGAUUCUAGCUCUUGUACAUUUUAUAGCAAUGUUUUGAAAAUGUUGUCUAAAGUAUAUAUUUAUGUCUAACAUGGGUCUUAAAUAAAAUUGUAAAAUCUGCAACUUCCAGUUGUAAAAAAAAAUUCUAUGUAAUGUUGCAAUGUAAAUGCUUUUACAAAUACUUUAAAGCUUUGUCAACCUAUGACUUUAUUUUGGAAUAAAUCUGUUCUUUUUUUAAACAGUUUAAAGUGUGCAACCCUGCCAAGUAAACAAAUUUAGGUCCGGUUGCAAUCCAAAAUGCUACUUCAGCACAGCACCGUAAUAGUGGAAAUACACAUCAGCUACACAUGAUCCUGGAAACUAUAAAGUUAUAGCAUUAUGUUUCAGUAAAAUGCAAUUCAUAUCUCUUCCUUAAGGCAUCAAUCCAAUUAUCCUCUACCCAGAAUGUGCAGGUUUUUUUCUUAGCUGUGCCAAUGUGACUAGUGUACAUACAAAGGGUGAAGGGUGGAAGAUGUGGAUUCUUCCUGUAAGUCUUGGAACUAUAUGCAUAGGCCUAUUCUAACUGUCAAUUUUUUUGAUUCGCAAUUAAAUGUUAGAAAGGGGUAAGUGUUUCAACAUUUUUGUUGUGCAAAAUACUGAAUGCCUAGCAAAGUAAUAAAAUGUUUUGAAUUCAGUACGUGCCUUCUGACUGGCUAAUAAACUAAAAACUACAA